AUGACGCCGAAAAUUCAUUUUAUAUCUGAAUAUGAUCAAAUCGUAAACGAUUACGGACCACCAUUACGACAAUGGUGUAUUCGUUAUGAAGCACGAUAUGCUUAUUUCAAAAAGAUCACAAUUAAAUCUAAUAAUUUUAAAAAUGUACCAAAAAUGUUAGCUACACGAUAUAGUUUGAAACAGAUAUAUAAAUUAUCUCGAUUACCUCAUUUAAGAAUGUCAAAUUAUGCAGUACGAAUUCAAAAGAUUGAGAUUUCAGUUUUUAACAAACAGAUGAAAGAGUUGCUGUUGAACCAUUUUGGUGAUAUUAAUUUGAAUAAAGAUAUUGUUCAAUGCAGUAAAUUAUGCUAUGACAAUAUUGAGUAUUGCCGAUUUACAGUACUCAUAAUUGGUUUGUUGAAUAUUAAUGAACAACCAAUAUUUGGUCAAAUAAUUCGUAUUCUUAAAACAAAUGAGAAAUGGUGGCUGCUUGUUGAUGUAUUGACGACGGUUGGUUAUGAUGAAAAUUUAUUUGCAUGGGAGAUAAAAUCUACCGAUCAUUAUGUUAUGCUUGAUCCACAAUACGACAUCGAUGGUACGACACUUGAGAUGAUGAGCAAUGUGGAAAGAAUCUCAACAGUUAUACCAACAUUUAAACAACAAUUACUUUUCUUGAAAGAAAGAGAAAAACUCUUUCAAGCAAAUAAUGAUAUUACAAUUCAUUCUUCUAGUUCUUCAUCGUUUUCUUCAACAAAUUUUAACUCAUCAUCUUCUUCAACAAAGCUUAAUUCAUCAUCCUCUUCUAUUGAAUCAAUAUCAAAUAAUUUAUUCAGUAAAUCUUUAAAUCAAUUAACUUCUGAUCAAUCAUUCGAUGAACAGAUGAUCAAACAAACGUUUCCUGAUAAAUAUAUAAUUCCACCUUUACCAGAUGCUGUGCUUAAAGAUAUAGAAGAAGCUGCUCUGCAUAAGUUUGGUCCACAUUGUUCGAAUCGUCAAAUUUUGGUUGAUGCUGUUGCACAUGACUUGAUAAGUAACUACAAGAUCUUUUAUUCAAAUCAUCAACAGUUUGAUGUUAUUGGCAUCGCAAUGGUAGAAUUUUUAAAACUACCAGCAACUAAACAUAAUGUGGGUGUUUGGAAGGAUGCCCUUCAAACGAAAUUAAAAAGAAAACGAUCUGAAAAUUCAGAUCAUAUUGAAGUUCAACAAUAUCAAUUGAAAUAUGCUCGUGUUGGUUCAGGUCGUCCAAUUAAAAAACGAAUUGGAGAGGUGGUCCAACGUGAUCGUCAAAAGCAGAUGAUGCUCGCCUUUUAUGAUGAAACGACAUUACAUAACAUGCAACUUAAAGCUGAACAAUUACGUGAUAUUUCUCCAAUUGAUAUAAAUAAUCAAGUGAAGUUAUGGAACGAGACAAUGCAAGUUCGUCGUCAAUAUAUUCGUGAAAAUUCAACAUCAGAUAUAGUGAAAGAAUUUCCCGGUUAUUCAAAUCCCAUUUUAAUAUUUGAAGAAAUCAAAAUGAUUAUGAAGGUGGAUUUGGCUGCUGCUGCUCGUCGACAAGUACCUAUUUUAAUCGAAAAAAUAUCUAAAACAUUUGAUUUCAUUAAUGAUUCUUCACCAUUUCGUCUUAUUAAGAUUCUUUGUCGGGAAUUCAAUGAAAUAGUGCAUCAUAUACUUUCAAAUACGGAACCAUCAAUACCUCAUCCGACACUAGUAUUAAUUGGUGAUCGAAUAUAUAUUUAUGUUGAUUUCGUUCAAGUAGUAUCAACAUCAUCACCUGAUGAUGCACUUGCUUUAUUAAUUGCGAUGUAUACUAUUUUCGAGUUGGCUUUUAACAAAAACAGUCGUUCAAUCCGAUUAUUAUAUUCAAUUCUUUAUGCUGAUCCACGUUUUCUUCCAAAUACAAUACGUAUUUUUCUAAAAGAAAAGAACAUCGAUGUCUACGAUGAAGAAAACAAAAAGCUAACAAGUUCAUCGACUAUUUUAUCUAAUAAUACAACAACAUCAAUCAAUUCACAGUCUUCAAAUGAUCUUGCAAUUAUUCAAACAUACAGUUCUCCUGUUCAAGACAAUGAUAUAAAUAGUCCUGAUCCAACAAAUACAAUUUUUUCUCAAAAAAAAGCUGAUUUAGAUUCAAAUAUUGUAAUUGAUAUUGAUCAAGCAAGUCAGAUUGUCGAAGAAUCAUCAACUGUGUUAAAAGAUUCUCCAAAUCAAUAUUUAAAGUCAAGAAAACGACCACAACGUGUAGCAAAAGCUUCAGUUGAAAAAUCAAAAUUAUUUAUAGACAAUAUGGAUGACAACGAAGAAGAUACACAAGAGAAUCAUCUUCCAAAUAAAAAAAGAAAAUCAAGUACUUCUUCUCGAUCAUAUAAACGGACACGCCGUGAUUGA